AUGUAUUUGGCCGUUGAAGGUUGUUGUCAUGGUGAUCUCGAUAAGAUCUAUGCAACAUUAUUGCACGCGAUGGAACAAAAACAAAUGAAUGAUCAGAAGGAGAUUGCAUUAAAGUCGGUGCAGGAAUCGGAAGGAAUUUCCUCAUCAUCGAAUAGUGGUGCUAGUUUGGAGGAUGAUUUUUUGAACCAUUUGCAAGAAUAUAGGAAACCAAGCAUUGAUUUGUUGCUGAUUUGUGGAGAUUUUGAAAGUAUUCGUCAUACCGAUGAUUUGAAUAGUAUGAGUGUUCCGGACAAGUAUAAAGAAUGGAAGGAUUUUUACAAGUAUUUCGAAAAGAGUCCUCUUAAAAAGGAGGGAGAAGAAACCAAAAUUGUACCCAUUCCGACUUUGUUUAUUGGAGGAAAUCAUGAAGCUAGCUUGUAUCUCAUGAGCUUACCAUUCGGUGGUUUUGUCACCGAUAAAAUCUACUACUUGGGAAAUACUGGCUUUAUCAACUUUAAAAAGAGAAAUCCACAUGACGGCAAGUUUAUUAAUUUACUAAUCGGAGGAUGGAGUGGAAUCUAUAAAGAUGGAGAUUUUUUCAAAGACAGUGCCAGGUUUUUCCUUCCCAAGACGGAAACUGGGUUGAACCAGGAAAGUGACAGGCAUUUAGGAACCACACUUUUCGAUGAGCAGCAUGUGCCAUUUUCUGAGGGAGCAAAAAGGAGUGUGUACCAUGUCCGAUUUUUUGAGUUUUGGAAGAUGCUUAAUAUGCGGGUGUGUCUCGAUCAUAGAAAAGAGAAAACACAAUCGCAGCAACCUCUCGAUAUUUUCAUGUCACAUGAUUGGCCAACUGGAGUAACUCGACAUGGAGACUUGGCUAAUAUUAGAAGAUUUAAGGAUCAUGUGAUGAAAGAAAUUGAAGAGUCAGAUCACAAACUUGGAAAUCCAUGGGGUGAAAAAUUACUGAAAGAAUUGCAACCCAAGUUUUGGUUUUCUGCUCACAUGCAUUGCAAAUUUUCAUCUGUGGUAUCACAUCAUGAACAGAUCACACCUUCGAAUAAUCUUUCCAAAACUACCAAAUUUCUUGCAUUGGAUAAAUGUCUUCCAAAGAGAGAUUUCCUUCAAAUGAUAAAUUUGGAUCAUUACAUUGAUAGCGUCACAGAAGAAGAAAUUGGAAUCAUGCCUGUAAAUGAGACAAGCAGUAGUACAGAAAGAGAAGUAUCAUCCUACGCAGUUGCAUCUUCUUCAACAACAAGCGACACAAAAGAGGAAGAGGGUCAAUACUAUUUUGAUUUGGAUUGGUUGGCCAUUACCAAGCUCUUCCAUGCAUACAGAUAUGAAAUUUCAAGUCUACUCAAACAGCCACACAUUCAAAAGAUUCAAAAACAAGCCUAUGAAACACUGAAUCUAGAUGAAAUUACACAACAUGUAGCCUCCACUAGCCUUCCAUUCUCAGCAAAGAACAGAAUGUAUCCCCAAUUUUCACUGCAAGAAAUUGAAAAAGAGAAAGAUUGGAUUUUGGAGAGAUCGAAAACAUUUGCGAAUGGAAAGUUUGCAAAUCUUCGCAUUCCAAUGCCAGCCGAGUAUUCAAUUGGAACACUUCCUGUCUCGUCAUCUACAACAAGAACUGUUCUUCAGAUGGAUCCUCAAACACAGGAAUUACUUGCAUUCUUGGGAUUGGAUGAAUAG